AUGCCCGAAGUCAAGUCUAUUAGUGACAUACAUAAAGAUAUACCGUUCUCUGUUAGCGUAAGCAAAAGCCAUAUCUGCGUCCAAAUCGCCUUCUGAAUAAGACGGACGAGUGCUUUUGUUCCUUAUCAGUGUUGCAUUAAUUAAAUAGCAAUUACUGAUAAAUGGAACAUUCCAUAGUCCCCUGAAACAAUAUUGUACAAUAUAUACACACAUGUAUGUAAUACAUUUAUAAUAUUUUAAAGUGUUUUAAAUAUCAAAAUAUUUCAGGUAUUAAAGUUUUCGAAGCAACAUGGUAAUUAUUGCAAUAGAGAAGGAUGAUCCAAACGAAGAACUAAAUUCGUACGAAUAGAUCGUUUUAACAAAUGACAGCACGUGUGUGGGUAUGCAAUCGAUCUAUGAUUCUCAGGAUUUCAAGGCCGGUGAAGAAGCAGACGCGGAACUAUCGAAGGGACCAGCAAACUUGUUUGUAGUCUCGCGAGACAAUAUUUCGUGAGGCAAUCACUGUGAUGUCGUGAUUGGCCGAUGAAUACACUGGCAAUUGGUUAUGCAUAAUUAUCCAAUUGAGAUUCAUAACUCUGUCACCAAUGACGACAUGCCCACCAUCCAUUCAUAUUUUAGGCUGUAGGGACAGGCGAAGCCCAAUGAUUUAGCCACUUGUCAAAAAGUAGCAGUUCUGUGUAGCCGGUAAGCAUCUGGAGAUUGUGUCACUAUUCUCACCAACAACUUUGUUUUUCGGUGAAAGUUAUACAUACAAUCCGACCAUCCCUAUAGCAUAACGUUUUGAAAAAGUUACCUAAAAAAUAUAGUCCAAGUGUUCUAAAACUUCAAGUUAGAACAAUCAAAAUUAGUUGAAGAAGCCAAGGUACAUCCAAGGCUUUAUGUAAAGUGUAUGGAAAGAUUGACGUUCCAAAGAGACAUUGAGAACUCUAUGAUCACCGUAGAACAAAUGAAGAGACACCGACUUUUGUGCCUAUUUUUUUUUACUGCAUUAUUGGUGAGCACAGACGCGGCGAAAGGUGGAGGAGGUAGAGGUGGUAGCAGGCGCGGUGGCGGAAGAGUUUACAAAUCUCGGAUGCCAAUUCUGAUUCCACACAGAAAUCCUGCCAGUGCCAACUACUACGAAAACAAAGACGGAGCAAGGAUAGUAAAAGCUUCACACUUCGAGCUGGACUACAUGCUGGGAAGGAAGAUCACGUUUUUCUGCAUGGCCACUGGAUUUCCAAGGCCCGAGAUCACCUGGUUGAAAGAUGGAAUUGAAUUGUAUCAUCAUAAAUUCUUUCAGGUGCAUGAGUGGCCUGUUGGUAAUGAUACAUUAAAGUCAAAGAUGGAAAUCGAUCCUGCUACCCAAAAAGAUGCGGGAUAUUAUGAAUGCCAAGCGGAUAAUCAAUACGCGGUUGAUCGCCGUGGCUUUAGAACGGAUUAUCCAUGAAACUUUUGGACGAAGAGGACGAGGCAGAGGGAAAACCAGAUCGCGAGUUCAAAUAGGAUUGCCCAUUACUGGAAAGUAUCGUGAUCCAGAAAGUGAUCAAUAUUACAAUAAUCAUAACGGGGCGAAGAUAAUAUUGGCAUCACACUUUGACUUGGAGUACGUUCUAGGGCAUAAAAUCGCCUUCCUCUGCAUCGCACGUGGAAAUCCGCGACCGCACAUCACAUGGUUCAAGGAUGGUGCUGAGAUCUAUACACAUCUUUAUCUACAUGUGCACGAAUGGCAAAUUGAUUCGGACAAAGUGAAAUCGAAACUGGAAAUAGAUCCUGCGACCCAAAUGGAUGCUGGAGUUUACGAAUGUACAGCCGACAACAUGUACAGUAUCGAUCGAAGAUCCUUCAAGACUGACUUCUCCAUUGCUUUCGAUUAA